UGCCAGUCCAACACAAGGCAUCAUGUGCAGACACACAAUCAUAGAGUUAUUUACACCUAAGGGCAAUUUAGAGUCAGAAUUCACUGACAUGAUUUUGGGUGGCUGGAGGAAACCAGAGAACUCAAAGAUAGCCAGCAGCCACUAUUCCAUUGUGCCAACCAUACAAUGCACUUAUACACUUUCAACCAGUUCAUGGAAUAUUGAAAAAUGCAACAGAUGAUAAAGCUAUAGUCACAGCAGCAGUGGAGAGUCAUAGCCACCCCAGCUACUGCACAGAGAACAGCCUGAGAUGGAGAUUACCUGUUUUAUUUUGGGUAAUAUAAACUGAAGAAAUUAACCCUGGACAGGACCCACACAGCGGUAGAGCAAGCUGAAAGUUAGUAAGAAGCUGUAAUGUGCUGCCUACAUUCUCAUCAAAGCUGCCCAUGUGGGUAAGUGUGUUUCAGACUCUUAAGUGAGGAACCAUGAGGCUUUUGUGCUGGUUAGAGGGAGGCAGACUUUCUGUAGCAGCAUUGCUGCUGCUUCUGCUUUGCUGUCCUUCUGUGUCUAUCUAUCCCAGAUCCUCUCAUCCCCACAAGCCAAACAAACACAUGCACAAUCAGGAAAACAUUACAUUGGCUGUUAUUCUGCCUAAGAACAAUACCUCAUACCCAUGGGCCUGGCCACGUGUCGGACCUGCCCUACUGCGUGCAAUAACACUCAUCAAUGCUGACUCUUCGCUGCUGCCUGGGUACAGACUGCGCCAUGUCUUUAAUAACAGUGAGAAUGCCGAGGGUAUUUGCUCUGAGUCUGUUGCUCCACUAAUGGCUGUUGAUCUGAAGUUCACUUAUGAGCCAUGGGCUUUCAUUGGCCCAGGCUGCGACUACACAGCCUCUCCUGUGGGCCUCUUCACCACACACUGGGGUCUACCCAUGAUCACAGCAGGGGCACCAGCAAUAGGCUUCUUCCUCCGUGCCGGGGUCUACACCUCCAUUACUAACACAGGCCCUACUCACAAAAAGUUGGGUGAGUUUGGCCUUCAUUUGUGUAAGCAAUUUGGCUGGAUUCAGCAUGUCCUAUUGAUGUUUGAAGACAGCAAAAUGGGUGAGCGUAAGUGCUAUUUUGCCAUUGAGGGGCUUUACAUGGAGUUGCAUGAUGCCAACAUCACCACAGAGGACCUUGUGUUUGAGGAGGACAGAGGGCCCAUCAACUACUCUGAACAUCUGCAUAGGAUAAAAGAAGAGGGCAGAGUGGUGUUUGUAUGCUGUACUCCGGAUAUCUUUCGGCAACUAAUGGUGAACUUUCGUAAGGCAAAUCUUCCUCAAGAGGAAUUUGCCUUCAUUUACAUUGAUGUUUUUGGAAGGACUGUGGCAUCACGACCUGCCCGACCUUGGGCCAGAGGAGACGCUGAUGAUGACAUUGCAAGAGAAGCAUACCAAAGUGUGAAAAUCCUUACGUACAGAGAGCCACAGAAUCCAGAGUAUAAAGACUUUGUCACUGAUCUGAAAGCAAAUGCAAAGAAGUUGUUCAACUUUACAGUGGAGGACUCUCUGAUGAACAUAAUACCUGGAGGCUUCUAUGAUGGUCUAAUGCUGUAUGCUCAUGCACUGAAUGAGAGUUUAGCAGAGAGUCAAGGCCAACUGUCAAGAGAAAGCAUCACCAAAAAAAUGUGGAACCGUACAUACUAUGGUGUGACAGGACUGGUGCAGAUUGAUGAUAAAGGAGACAGAGAGACUGACUUUGCUUUAUGGGACAUGACUGAUACCAACUCCGGCAUUUUUGAGAUUGUUGCUGUGUAUAAUGGCACAAGGAAACUGAUGGAGACACUACCUGGCAUGGCCUUCCACUGGCCAGGAGGCAAUGUUCCCCCUGACAUGCCUUUCUGUGGUUUCAAGAAUGAUAAGCCUGUUUGCACUGCACGAACCAUCUCAAUGCACCAGAUGGUGUCAAUUUGCGUGUUCUUCAUCCUUGUCAUCAUCUUUACUGUUACUGUCUUUAUAUAUAGGAAGCUGAAAUUGGAGAAGGAGUUGGCUGCUCAGCUCUGGCGGAUCUUCUGGGAGGAUUUGCACAUGAGUAAUCUGGAGAAAGUGCUGCACAGUGCAGGCAGCAAACUGACCCUCUCCCUUCGAGGCUCAAACUAUGGCUCUCUUCCAACUGCUGAUGGCAACGUCCAGAUGUUUGCUAAGACUGCCUACUUUAAGGGAAACAUUGUGGCGAUCAAAUUUAUCAACCGCAAACGCAUCGAACUCACCAGAAAGGUGCUGUUUGAACUGAAGCAUAUGCGGGAUGUGCAGAAUGAUCAUAUAACUCGCUUUAUUGGGGCAUGCAUUGAUCCUCCCAACAUCUGCAUAGUUACAGAGUACUGUUUGCGAGGCAGUCUGCAGGACAUUCUGGAGAACGAAAGCAUUACACUCGACUGGAUGUUUAAAUAUUCUCUGAUCAAUGACAUUGUAAAGGGAAUGGCCUUCCUUCAUAACAGUGUGAUUGUAUCCCAUGGUAAUUUGAAGUCCUCUAACUGUGUGGUGGAUAACCGUUUUGUGCUGAAAAUUACUGAUUAUGGGCUAUCAAGCUUUAGGACAGAAUCCAACAGCGAGGAUGCUCACUGCUACUAUGCACGAAAGUUGUGGAUGGCUCCGGAGCUGUUAAGGAUGGGCAGCCCUCCUGCAGGUGGCACACAGAAAGGAGAUGUCUACAGCUUCGGCAUCAUCCUGCAGGAGGUGGCACUGCGCAAAGGCAUCUUCUACAUAGAGGAAGAGACACUCAGCCCUAAAGAAAUAGUGGAUCGUGUGGCUCUGGGUGAAUGGCCAUACCUGAGGCCAGCUAUUAACACACAGGUGCACAGUGAGGAGUUGGGGCUCUUGAUGCUGCGUUGCUGGGCGGAGGAGCCUGCAGAGAGGCCAGAGUUCAGCCACAUUAAAGUAUUUCUGCACAAACAGAACAGGGAACACAGCAGAGAUAUCCUAGAUAAUCUUCUGUCUCGGAUGGAGCAGUACGCUAAUAAUCUGGAGGAGCUGGUGGAGGAGAGAACGCAGGCUUACCUGGAAGAGAAACGCAAGGCAGAAGCCCUACUCUACCAGAUACUGCCCCACUCAGUAGCAGAGCAGUUGAAGAAAGGGGAGACUGUACAGGCUGAGGCUUUUGACUCAGUCACCAUCUACUUCAGUGAUAUUGUGGGUUUUACUACCCUGUCUGCUGAAAGCACACCACUGCAGGUGGUGACUCUCUUAAAUGAUCUCUACACUUGUUUUGAUGCUAUUAUUGACAACUUUGAUGUUUACAAGGUGGAGACAAUUGGUGAUGCCUACAUGGUUGUUUCUGGUCUGCCGGUGCGUAAUGGGAAAAUGCAUGCAUGUGAGAUUGCUCGCAUGUCCCUUGCUCUGCUUGAGGCUGUCAAAACAUUUAAGAUUCAUCAUCGACCAGACCAGCAGCUCAAACUGCGCAUCGGCAUCCACAGUGGCCCGGUAUGUGCUGGAGUAGUAGGGCUAAAGAUGCCACGAUAUUGUUUAUUUGGAGACACAGUGAAUACAUCAUCACGCAUGGAGACCAACGGCGAGCCACUGAAGAUCCACGUCUCAUCGGCCACACAUGAUGUGCUGCAGGAAUUUAACUGCUUCCACCUGGAGCUGAGAGGAGAUGUCGAAAUGAAGGGCAAAGGCAAGAUGAGAACCUACUGGCUGCUCAGAGAGACAAAGAGCAGUGAAUGAAUAGAGUCAGGUGUUAAGCAGGACCUAGAUGGUACACUUAAAUCCCUGUUGUCAGGACCUCCACUAUCCUUUUGCACAGUCCCUCACCUGUAUUCCAGUAUACAGCACUGUUGGAGAUGAACUCUUUUCUAAUAAUAGAGAAAAUUUCAGAUAUUUUGUACACUGUGUUCACCAUUUACUGAUAUCUUGCAUUCAUAAAUAUACUUAAUAGAUCCUCAAUGGACAUGUAACCCCAUUAAACACAUCCAGAAGUGCAUAUGUAUGUACUAAUCUCAAAGUUCAACACUGUUUAAGAUGGCCAUCUGAGUUUAUUGAUAUUACUGUGACUCACAGAAUUAAAGCCUCUUCAGUUUUGUUGGGAUUUUAUCAUUUAACAUUGUAUUGUAAAAAUAAUGAUCAGUUAUACUACUAUAUAAUUUAUAUCACAUUCAUAGGUAUUUUCUUAAAGAAUUUUCAGUUGUUAUCUGUGUUAGAGAAUACUUAAUCAUAGCAUACAUCUAUCUAUUGCAUUUAUAUCAUUUGUCAGUGCAUACACAAUGUAGCACACAGUGAGCAGAAAGGACAUUUGUUUUUCAAUCUCGUUUCAGAUGCAAACUGUUAAUCACAGCUCAGUUCUUUGUUAAAUUUGUUAGUAAAUGUUUAGAUAUAUUUACAUCUGAAAUACCUAAAACAAUCUUACAAUGUUUUAUAAUGAAAUUUGUCAUUUAUUUGAUAAAAGAAAAAGGAAAUGCUGAGCAAUAUAUCUUUUAAAUAUUGAUGUUUUAGAUUAGAAUCUGUUGUAGAUAAUAAAAAGGAAAUCACAACA